UUCUGCGGCAUGAGCAUUUUCGCAAUGGUUUUCUGCACCUUGUGUAGCAAUUUCCCCAAAUACAGUAUUUCAUGAUGCAAACGUCCUCUGUUUCAAAAACGAAAACGGAACCAUUGGGCCGGCGACGACAGCAACACCCAACGGCAGGACGCCAAACCACUGCUUGGACUGGUUGUGACGGGAAUCCGAGAAUUCUGUUUUCUCCAGUUCGAAGUAACGCUUGGAGGAUUGUAAGCUGAAAGAAUUAAGUUUUGCAAGCUUCCUUAAUUUUUUUUCGACAUGUGGCGCGCUACGGCGCCAAUAUCUGUCUCCACUGCGAGAAACGUGAUCAACUAACUCAAACUAACUCAACCGGCGAAGAGAAGUCAGCAACAGCUGUUUCUGCUCACCACGCUGCUCACACAUGACAACGAAGGUGUCCCUGUAGAGUUUCAGGGUCAGAGCACCACCUAUUAGCUUCAUAAAUUACGUCAUGGAAAGCUGGCAAGAAGUUUUAGACAGAGUCUGCGAACGCGUGAGACAGUGCAACAGCAUUACGCGCUUUACGACAUUGAAGACCUGCGAGGAGAAAGUGAAAUUCUGCCUUCGUAGUGAUGUGAUUAAACCGAUACUUCAGCAGUGGCUUAACGUUUUGUGCUCGGCAAAACACCGCAAGUUCUGGGAAAAGGCGUCAGAACUGCGAAGUGAAGGGAAUAUUUAUUUCAACAAAAAACACUACGAUAAAGCAGUCGAAUUGUACACGCGGAGCAUCCUUUCGGCGCCGUUUCCAGAGUCCCCAGACGCAGCUGGCCACUCAGACGAACUAUCUUUAGGCUUUGCAAAUCGAUCUGCGGCAUUUUUUCAUUCUGGCAAAUACCAACAAGCGCUAUAUGACAUAGCCUAUGCGUUGGAGUUAGGGUAUCCCUCACAUUUACACUUCAAGCUGUUUUUACGCAGGGGUCAGUGCCAGCUACGGCUUGGUGACCACAGUGACGCCUGUAAUAGUUUUGACACCGCCGAAGAAUGCCUGCAAAGGUAUGCUCUUGAGCCGCCCAAGAUGAAACAACACCUCAAGGAGAUUGAGAAUUUUAGAAAGGCUUGCGACGCACCACCCUGUUCAACGAAGCCUGCACACAAUGAGCCACGUAAAGACGUACAGACAGAUAUCAGCCGUGGAUGGCACAAAGAACUUCCUUCUUGUACAUCAGCUGUUGACAUGCUCUAUAGUACAGAGAGCGGACGCUUUGUCGUGGCCAACACGGACAUUCACCCCGGCGAGGCUCUCUUCAUCGAGAAACCGUACACAUCCGUCCUUUUACCUCAGUUUGCAAAGAGUCACUGUCAUCAUUGCGACAGGGAGCUCACAAACGCCGUACCUUGUACGCAGUGCAAUCAAGUUCGUUACUGCACAUUUGCAUGUGCGAAGGCUUCGUGGACGGGAUAUCACAAGUGGGAGUGCGGGAACUUGGACCUCCUGUUCUCUAUAGGCGUUGCGCACCUGGCACUCCGCAUCCUUCUAGUGACCGGAAUGCCCAACCUGGUCACCUAUUUCCAGAACGUUCGACGCAGCGAUUCCAGUGAGAAGAGCCACCCCUAUCACGCCGUGUUCGAAUUAGUGUCUCACUCUGAAAAGGUGCACGCGGAAGACAGUUUACAGUACUCAAUCACAGCCGCUUUGCUGUAUCUACUUUUAGAUCGUGUCUCGUUCUUCGACAUGCAGGAAGUAUCGUCACGCUUCAAAGAGAUGGACAUCGACGAAGAAAAGAACCCUGGCCGCAACUCCUCUCUGGCGGAACGGACCGGCACGAGCAUUAAAACAAUCGUGGGGGGUCUUCUGCUACGGCACAUCCUCCAACUCGUCUGCAAUGCGCACGCCAUCACGAGCAUCGAAUCCGACGCCGUUAAGGAAGACGACGUCGUCGUGACGUCUGCCCAAGUUCGCGUCGCGACUGCCAUCUUUCCCAGCGCCAGUCUCAUGAAUCACUCGUGCAAUCCAAACGUCAUAUCCGGGUUCAUUAACGGCGACACGUUAGUUGUACGCGCUGUGAGACCAAUCGGGGCGGGCAAAGAAGUACUAAACUGCUACGGACCGCAUUAUCGGAAGAUGCCGUACUCCGAACGGCAGCAGGCCCUGCGGGAGCAGUACUUUUUUACGUGCACCUGCGACGCGUGCAGGGCCGGAGACGAACCCGACCAGAGGCUGCAGGCACUGAAGUGUGAAUACUGCGAAGGUCCGCUCCGACAGCCCGACGGGAGCGGUAAGAGCGAGUGCGCGACCUGCGGUACCACUCAGGACUGCUUGGACAGGGAACAGAGGGUGUUCAGGAUGCACGACCUGUACAUUCAGGGUGUCCAGCUCGCGGAGAAGGGAAACCACGUCGAAGCGCUCGAGAGGCUCCGCAGGUGUCUCGGGUCUCGCGAGAAGCUCAUGUACAAACAUAAUGUGAAGCUCCUCGAAGCGAGGGACGCGGUGGCACGCUGCUUAUGUUCGCUCGGCGACUUCCGUUCGGCAGUGACGGUUCUGCGGCCUGCGUUGGAAGCGGUACGAGAGAUAUACGGGGAGAACAGCAUAGAGCUCGGUCACGAGCUGCUGAAGAUGUCCGACAUCGUCGUGAAUGCGAUUCCGCAAGCUCAUAAGGAAGACACGUCGUGUGGAGAGAUUAAGGAGUUGGUGAAAGAGGCGGGAUCGGUGAUAGAUAAGGCAGAAGAGAUUUUUCUGCUCCAUUACGGGAGGGCGCACAAGGCCGUGCAGGAGUUGGGGGACAAGAGGACACUUUUGUCGCAAGUUGUUGGUUAUUGAAGGCUUUGCUCUCUCGUUGGUCAGUUUACUGUUGACCUUCAGUUCAGCAGUUUUAUACCUUUUACAGUGUUGCUAGCUGGUUGUUAUUGGACUGUGAGAGCAUGACUGCACACUCAGUUGAUAUUUUUAGAAGAGUUUUGCAGCAAAGCACAGUUGUGCCGCUUUGAUAUAGACAAAUGUUUUUAACAGAAAUGUCGCAUAGAGCAAAUUCGAAAAAAGAAAACUAGCUUGUCUUGCUGUGAGCAAAGUGAUUAGAUCCUAAUGAGUCCUAUUAUAAUCAGAAAUACCCUUCAGUCAAGCCUGAUUGUUUAAUGAUUUUCAUUAUAGUACCUUCAUUCGAACACAUGUCAGUGAGGUCGAGUCUUUUAUUAAAAAGCAGGAAAUGGUGACCACACUGUCAUCAAGGGACAUACAUUAGCCCAGUUAAUCAAUGGGCCUUGGCAAAAAGUUGUUAUCCAUUCUGGACACUUUUUGGCCUUCCUGCUCCCCAGAUGAGCUUCAGGACAAGUUCCACACGUCCGUGAGACAAAAAGAAGACUGAGAUUUGUUUCAGAAACAUUUGUCCAGGUUUUUGCUAGCAUCGUACGCAGAGCAAUGCUUCCAUAUUAACGAGCAAAAAUUAAGUGAAAGAGGAGUGGCUAGCAAAGCUAAUGUGGCUGAUAUAGGGAGGCCAGGCUCUCGUGAAUUAUUAUCCAUUUACACGAUGUGUUGAGAAAAGAGAAUAGAUGUGUUGUGCCAAAUAGUAGGGCCCACUCGGUGGUUGUUAACAUUAGUCCGUAAAGUGCACUUUGUAUGCCAAGUGUUUGGGGCAAGGCUGUGGGCAUUUCUUCACUGCUAGGGUAAGCAGCUGCAGUUACUGCGCAGCUACAGUAUUAGGAAGUUCCAACUGUUGUAGUUACUAUAAGAAUUGUAGACAGGUGUUACUGUCAUCGAAAAGAAGAACGAAAAGCAACAACAAAAAAGAUACUCUAAUAAUGUUCUCCUGUAUGCGCAAUACGGUGGUCUUUCAAUGUCAUAAAAAUAUUUGUGACCCGGCAUUAAUUUUGUGUUGUCAACUGUAGGAUGGGCCAAGACACAUGUACUGUCAUCAAGCCAGCUGUCCCAAAAAACGUGUCAUUAAAUUAAAAAUGUCAUUAAAUAAAAAAAAUUAAAACUA